AUGUCCUACAUCCCAAGCAGCCAGCAGCGCCACAUGCGCGCCUGCAUGGUCUGCUCCAUCGUGCGCACGUACUCGCAGUUCAUGCAAUCUGGCUGUCCGAAUUGCGAAAGCUUCCUCGAACUCACCGGAAACGGCGACGCCAUCUCCGACUGCACCAGCCAGGUUUUCGACGGCCUGCUGUCGGUCAGUAACACAGAGAGGAGCUGGGUCGCAAGAUAUCAGCGGUUGGAGGGAUACGUUCCGGGCGUGUAUGCGAUCCAGGUGGAGGGAAUCCUGCCCGAGGAUGCCGUCGUGGCCGCUGAGAAUGCUGGCAUACACUACAUACCCCGCGACGGUAGCGUUAGCGAGGCCCUUCCCACCGAGGGUUGA